GAUUUUUAUUAUCCAAUCAGAAAUGCGGUACAUCGUACGUUUAUACACACAAUCGAACCACUGUCUGAAUAAUCGCCGUAUCACACUUAUUUUUGCGGGAAAGUUUAAAUUAACUAGUAAAUUGGGAUUUAUCAAGUCAUAAACCAAUCGAAAACAGUGAACAUGCACAAGGAAUAAUAACACACGUGUUACACUAUAACCGACAUUCCAUCUGCACAGUGUGUAUAAUUGCAUAAAAGAUCGCAUGACAUUUGUUUAAACUAUAGAAUGAAGCAUCAAAAUGGAAACACGGUCAUAACAAAAGAUGGAAUUAAGCAAAAUGGACAUUCUUCAAAUGGAACCAAGUCACUACCUGAGGACCCAAAAGAUUUUCAAGAGAAUUUUGAAGAAACCCCUAUUUAUAUAGCUGUUUUAACAUAUUUAUGUUAUGGAAUAUUAGUUCUAGUAGGACACAUCAGAGAUUUUCUUAGAAACACUGGUCUGGAAAAUGAAAAGGCAUGCACAGAGCCCAGACAAUCGGGAUUUGUACCACUGUUUCAAAGUUGGGAAAGUUUCUAUACACGCCAUGUAUACAGAAGGAUUCGUGACUGCUUUAACAGACCAAUAUGUUCAGUAGCAGGACCUACCAUGGAUGUCCUGGAAAGAACUACAUCAAAUCAUUGGUGGACUGCAGAUUUGACAGGUAGAUCGCAUAAUGUGAUAAAUCUAGGGUCAUACAAUUAUUUAGGAUUUUCUGAUUGUAAAGGACCAUGUGCAGAAGCUGCUGAAAAGUCAAUACUUAAAUAUGGUACUGGAACUUGUGCAAGUAAACAAGAGUUAGGAUUCUUAGAUAUACAUCAGAAACUUGAUCUUAUGGUAGCAGAAUAUCUUGGGAUGGAGGCAGCCAUUACUAUGCCAAUGGGAUUUGCUACUAAUUCAAUGAAUAUGCCAAGUCUAGUUGGAAAGGGCAGCCUUAUACUUAGCGAUGAAUUAAAUCAUGCUUCCUUAGUACUAGGAUCCAGGUUGUCAGGUGCUACAAUCAAAACUUUUAAACAUAAUGAUAUGGCAGAUUUAGAAAAGAAGCUUAAAGCAGCAGUUGUAGAUGGUCAACCAAGACGAAGUCGAGCUUGGAAAAAAAUAUUAAUUGUAGUUGAAGGAGUAUACAGUAUGGAAGGCUCAGUGAUACGUUUACCAGAAGUCAUCCAAUUAAAGAAGAAAUACAAAGCCUAUGUAUAUUUAGACGAGGCUCACAGUAUUGGUGCGUUAGGAAGUACUGGUCGAGGGGUUGUAGAGUAUUAUGGAUUAAACCCUAGAGACAUUGAUGUUAUGAUGGGAACAUUUACUAAAAGUUUUGGUGCUGCUGGUGGUUAUAUUGCUGGAACUAAGCAACUGAUAAACCAUUUACGUCUAAAUUCCCAUGCAUCCAUAUAUUCCCCUACAAUGUGUCCUGCAGUUUGUCAACAAAUUUUAUCAUCAAUGUCUAUAAUGAUGGGGAGAGAUGGUACAUUAGAAGGCAAGAAAAGAAUUGAACAGUUGAAAUGGAAUACCAGAUAUUUUAGAAGAGAGCUAAUUAAGAAAGGUUUUAUAAUAUAUGGAAAUGACAACUCACCUGUUGUACCUUUACUAGUAUUUUUCCCUACAAAACUAGGAGCUAUUAAUAGAAUGUGUAUAGAAAAAGGAUUAGGGAUUUGUGUCGUAGGCUUCCCUGCUACUCCAAUUAUAGAGUCACGUGCUAGAAUGUGUUUAUCAGCAGCUCAUACUAAAGAAAAUCUAGAUCAGGCUAUUGCUAUUUUAAGCGAAGUUGGCGACGAGCUCAUGUUAAAAUACUCAAAGAAGAAGGUUUUACGAAGGAGUGAUUCAUAAUAGCAGCUGUUCUGUCAAGAGUACUUACAUGUUUUUCAUAAUUUUCAUCGUAUUCAGAUUUGUGAUACAUGUAAUAUGCAGACAUAAACAUAAAACAACUUGUGUUAACAAAGCCUUAUAUUUUCAAGAUUAUUUGAAUGAACAGGUCUUGCCAUUUUUUUCUGGAAAAUAUUGCACUUUGCUGCCCAGAACAUGUUUAUAUGAGCAUGAUUAUGAAAUGGUAUAUAGAUUUAUUAUUGAUUGUCAAAAGUUUUUACUGAUUGCUAAAAUGUUCAGUUGUGACAUAUGAUAGAAUGUGUUGAAAUAAAUGUAGUAUAUUAUAUUUCUGUUAAUUGUACUUUGAAAAAAACUUAGUUUUAUUAUCUGAAGACUGUUAAAUGAAAAUAUACAUCUUACACAGGUAAUUCAUUUUGAAAAUGUAAUAAAUGUCUAAAGAGGCAAGUUAAGAGUUUGUCUUGAUCUAUUAAUUUACAAAAACAUCAUUGAGAUUUUGAAGUGGUCCCAUUUAUAUAUUUAUAAAACAGUCCUUAAUAAACUAGUCUAUUUAAAUGAAAGUAUUUUUUCUUGAAAUUGGUUAGUAUAUUUGGGUAUUGAUUUCUGUAAAGUAUACAUUUUGAAGUAAAGCAUUCUUUUUAUUCUUAUAUACUAUAUGAUCAAUUUGAAUGGUUACUGGUAUGCAGUUUCAUAUUUCACAAGAAGUCUUGCUCAAAGAAAGUUUAAAUGGUUGAAGAUUUUUUUUCAACAUCUUCGUAACCUCAGGUUGCUUUUUUUUAGGUUUUGUUUGUCUUGUUGAUUUGCUGACUUGUUGCUGUUAUAUUUUUUUGGGCAAUUUAAGGUUAUACAUAGCUCUUUAUUUGACAUAAACAUCAUUUGUUCAGUAUAUUUUUUUAUGUGCCAUUAAAGAAUUUAAACCAUUUAAAUCAAAAUUGAUUUUAUAUUAUUGAUAAUUCUUAUUGACACAUAAAAGAAAUCCACAAAAUUAAAAAUAAACAGUGCAGUAAAUCAACAUUUAAAGUUAAUUAAGUUUUUGAACACCAAUAAUCUACUUUAAUCAAAGGUUUUAAAGGGUAAAGAUGGUCUGAGGAUAAAUCUCUGGAAAAAGAGAGACAACUCUUGAUAUUUUGUGCCAUAUUAAAUUGUGUAGUUUAAAUUGCAAUCAAAACCAUCCUCAUCAUUUUUGUCUUCCAUAGACAGCUAGAUAUAAGUUUUUAAACAUGUUUUCAUUUUCAUUUAUAGUAAAUAAUACAUAGAAAUAUAUUGCAAUUAUCUGCAGUAAAUUUUCCCCAUGUUAAAAGGUACUUAUUACUUUGACUAAAACAGAUCUGGCUUGUUAAAGUUCUUAAAAUUUUGACAAAAAUAUCCUUUGACCUUUUGAUAAAAAUUUGAAAAUUUGCAGUUUUGACUACAUUAUUUACAGUAAUAAGUUCAUUGGGUAUAUAGCAAUUUGACAAGCACUCAAUUUGAUCAUUGAGAAACUUGAUUUUCUCCUUAAUAAAAGUCUGUGGUUCAAACCUCAAGCUAAUUUUUAAAGAAUUAGGUGUUCUGUACCCACUUACAGUACAUUAUUACUUGAACAAUAGUUAAUAUUGCAUAAUUUAAUCUUGUGUUAUUAUAUUGAGAUACAGUCGGCAUGUUAUUAUAUUAAGAUACUGUUAUUUAUUGGGAAGAAGCUAUUGAUUACUUAUUGCCUACUUAAUUUUGAAAAUUAUUAUUGAUUUUCAGAUAACCUUGAGCAAAUGAUGAAAUUUAGAUUUAUUUAGUUUUUAAUUUUUUUUUCAAUUUGAAAUAUUUGUCCUCUGUAUCAAUCUUAAUAAAAGAAACUGCCAAAAACUGCAUCAUUUCAACAGCCUAACCAAAAAAAGAUUCCUUUAAGAUUUUAUUGUUAUACAUAUGUUUUUGCUUUUCUUUUAAAUCAGAAAAGACCACUGUGGAUACUUCUCGUCUUAAUUUAGAAUAAGCAAUUGAUGUGAAAAAAAUGUGACUUUCAUUUUCCUAUUAUUUUUUUUAUUUUUUAUAUUCUUAUAAAAUAUGAUAGUUUCUUUAUUUGUAUGUUAUCAUUGUGACAUAAAUGUUGAUAUAUGAUUACUUAAAUGGCCAGUUUUAUGUUUAUAAUGCGUUAAGCUUUAAACAAGUUCUGACAGAUGGGAGAAUAUUUGAUGGGAGAAUAUUUGAUUGAAGAUGUCAAAUAUUGGCUCUUAUAUUUUUUCUUUGUUUAUAGCAUUUCAAAUACAUGCAUAGUUUUUUAGCUUUAUUUUACUAGAUACUCAUGCAACAUGUUUUCUUAUAUUUAUUUGAAUAAAUUGAUAAUUUUGAUAGUU